GGAAAGUGCAAGGCUGGAGCGGGGACUCGGCGAGGAGAAGAAGAGCUGCCGCGGGGAAAUGAGAAAAAGUGUGAGGCUGAAGAGGGGCCAUGGCGCGAAGAAAAAGAGCUGCUGCGGGGAAAUGAGAAAAAGUGUGAGGCUGAAGAGGGGCCUCAUCAACAAGACGAAGAGCUGCCGCAGGGAAAGUGCAAGGCUGAAGCGGGGACACGGCGAGGAGAAGAAGAGCUGCCGCGGGGAAAUGAGAAAAAGUGUGAGGCUGAAGAGGGACCACAUCGACGAGAAGAAGAGCUGCCGCCGGGAAAUGAGAACAAGUGUGAGUCUGAAGAGGGGCCUCAUCGACGAGAGCUGCGGCGCAGAAAGGAAAAAGGGUGUGAGGCUGAAAAGGGGCCACAUCGACGGAAAGAAGAGUUGCCGCGAGGAAAGGUGAAAAAGUGUGAGGCUGAAAAGGGGCCACAUCGACGUGAAGAAGAGCGGAAACCACCCGUCAUCAAGGUCGCAGGUCGCCGGCGAGUCGUACGCCUCGACCCAAAGGCCGGCCAGGACCCCGCACUGCACAAGCGAGCCCCGACCGGCGCCUUCCCCUGCGAUCGCUGCGCGCUCUGCUUCGUCAGCGCCCUGCUCCUGGAGCGGCACCACCGCAGUGGCAGGUGUUCGGCGGAGCAGACCAGACGGCGGCGCGCCUGCGUCAACCCUCGGCACGAGGACGCCGACAGGUGUCACGGCCCCGGCGCUGCCGAGGACGCCGACGAGUGUGACGACCCCGGUGCUGCAGAGGACGCCGACAGGUACGACAGCCCCGGUGUCAAGGUCGCCGACGAGUGUGGCGGGCCCGAUGCUGCUGAGGACCCCAAAGAGUGUGAAGACCCCGAGGCUGGGAACCCCGACGAGUGUGACGAUCCCAGUGCUGUUGAGCAGGCCAAAGGGCGUGACAGCUCCGGUGCCGAGGACGUGAUGGCACGAGGAAAGCCAGCGCAGGAUGCAGAGGACCACGGCGGGCAGGAGGCCGCCGGUGGGGCCGGCCGCAGCGGGGGGAGGCCUCAUCGCUGUGCUACGUGCGGGGCGGCCUUCAGGAGGGCGGCCCUUCUCCAAGCUCACCAGCGGACUCACGCUGGUGAAAGACCUGCCGCUACGAGUGAGAUUGAGCGCUCCUCCACUGAGAGUGUCCUCAAGAAGACUAUUGGGACACACGCUGAUGGUAAACUCUGCAUCUGCAGUACGUGUGGCAAAGGUCUCUCUGAUAGCAGCUCUCUCCGCAGACACAUGAGGACUCACACUGGCAGCGAAAAGCCAAAGCCACACAGCUGCCAGACUUGUGGCAAAAGUUUCUUCGAUAGGAGCUCUCUCGGCAGACACAUGAUGACUCACACUGGUGAGAAGCCGUACAGCUGCAAGACGUGUGGUGCAGGAUUCAAUCGAAGUGUCCAUCUCCAUGUACACAUGAGAACGCACACUGGUGAAAAGCCCUUCAGCUGCAAGACGUGUGGCAAAGGAUUCACUGAAAGUAGCCCACUCCGAAGACACAUGAGGACUCACACGGGUGAAAAGCCGCACAGCUGCAAGACCUGUGGCAAAAGUUUCGCAGAUAUUAGCUCUAUCCGCGUGCAUAUGCGGACUCACACUGGUGAAAAGCCGUACACCUGCCAGACUUGUGGAAAAGGUUUCUCGGAAAGCAGUCAUCUCCGCAUACACUUGAGGACUCACACUGGUGAAAAACCCUACUGCUGUCAGACUUGUGGCAAAGCGUUCUCUCACAGCACCACACUCGACGUACACUUGAAGACUCACACUGGUGAAAAACCGUACAGCUGCCCGACAUGCGGCAAAGCUUACUCUCAAGCAGCUCAUCUCCGUAGACACAUGAGGACUCACACUGGUGAAAAGCCGUUCAGCUGCAAGACUUGUGGAAAUAAGUUCACUCAAGGUGGGCAUCUCCGUAUACACAUGAGAAUUCACACUGGCGAAAAGCCGUUCAGCUGCAAGACGUGUGGCAGAGGAUUCAGUCGAAGUGUCCAUCUCCGUACACACUUGAGGACUCACACUGGCGAAAAACCCUACGGCUGCCAGACUUGCGGCAAAAAAUUCUCUCACAGCAGCACACUCCGUGACCACUUGAGGAUUCACGCUGGUGAAAAACCGCACAGCUGCCAGACUUGUGGCAAAGAUUUCUCGCAACGUAGCCAUCUCCGUAUUCACAUGAGGAUUCACACUGGUGAAAAGCUGCACAGCUGCCAGACUUGUGGCAAAGAUUUCUCUGAAAGUGGCUCUUUCCGCAAACACAUGAAGACACACAAUGCUGACAAGCCGCACACCUGUCAGACUUGUGGCAGAGGUUUUUCUCAAAGUACCCAUCUCCUCAGACACUUGAAAACUCACACUGGUGAAAAACCUUACAGCUGCCAGACUUGUGACAAAAGUUUCUCUCUCAGCCAAACACUCCAUGACCACAUGAAGACUCACACGGGUGAAAAAGACCACUCCUGCCAGACUUGUGGCAAAGGUUUUUCCCUCAGUGCCUCUCUCCGCAGACAUAUAAGGACCCACACUGAUGAAAAGCCACACAGAUGCGAGACGUGUGGCAAAAGAUUCACUCAAAGUUCCCUUCUCCGCCAACAUAUGGGAAGUCACACAGAAGAGAAACCCUCCAACUGUCAGACAAGUGGCGAAGAGUUUUCUGAUAGCCAGCUGACAGCAGCACUCUCAGUCCACACUUAAAGAUUCAUUCACGAUGAAAACCCCUUCAAACUGUCUACUCGCAAUACAAUACAAUAAAUUUAAAAAUUAUUAGUAUUGUUAAUCUAAUGUAACUGAAAAUGAGAUGGGUUUUAGUCUUUCUGAAAUUUGCAUGAUCAUGCAUUAUAUCUUUAUAGAUAGUAUAUUCAGAGAUCAAAACUAGUUGCCAUUCUGUAAAUUUUCUUGUUCUUUUACCAAUGUUUUUGGUAACGCCAAAUUUCCUUUUAAGGAAAAAUAUUUUGUUUAGUUUGUUCACUUCGAAUGUUGUCUGUUAGAUGUAAGAAAACCAUUUUGAACGGAAGUGUUUUGUUGCCCCAAAGAAUGUUACGGUUUACUAGUAGGUACGCGUACAAUCCUGCUGGUUAAUGAUGGUGGAGGGGGUGGAGGAGGGCAAACUUGGAAAAUGAAAAUCUGUUGAGAGGUUUGGAUUCCUCUUGCUAAAAAUGUGCAGCUUCAAUUCUCAGUAAUUUAUUAGUUUUUCCUUCAUUGGAGCUUCAGUACCCAGUAAUUGUUUACUUAUCUUUUUCUUCAAUGGAGCUUUACUUCUUAGUAAUUUAUUACAAUUUUUCCAUUGAGACUUGCACAAAUUGUGUA